AUGCACUCUUCCAUAAAAAGGAUACUUGAUUACCCGAAAAUCGCCCAGCGAACACCAGAGUGGUACGAGUAUCGCAAGAAACGCGUCACCGCUUCCGAAGCGUCGACCAUCAUCGCACAGGGCAAAGGGUACGACCGCGUCUUCGAACAAAAGGUCGGUAUCCGAGACACCAACAUCAGCAGCGAGUACAUGACAAUCGGGACCGACAACGAAGAAGCCGUCGUCGCGCUCUACCGUGAAAAGUUUCCCGACGAGGAGGUCUUUCACGACUUGUCGAUUAUCCCUCACCAGACGCUCGACUUUGUUGCCGCGUCUCUGGAUGCGUGCACAGCGAGCGGAAUCAACGUGGAGAUUAAAACAGUGUUUAAAGAAAAGUUUAUUAAAGUUUCCAAGAUGUACUACGACCAGGUCCAGUUGCAGAUGGAAGUCGCCGACCUCGAAAAGACGCACCUGGUGCAACACUACAUCCGGAUGCCAGAUCAGCCGAUCGUCGUGCACGAGAUCUUACGCCACCGUGAUUGGUUUGAGAGAAAUCGCGGGAUUUUCAAAGGGUUUGUUGAAAAAGUAAGAGACUUCUUUCCGUUUGUCCACGCCGACGAGUUUGCAACGACGAGCGUUUGA